CGCGGCUCAGGUGCUGGCCGCGGGGCUCGCGGCCUUCCUGCUCUCGUGGCAGCGGCCCGCGUCGCCGAUGGCGGAGGACGACGCGGGCGCCGCGGGGCAGCACGCCGUGGGCGCCCGCUCGCCGCCCUCCAUCAACCCCGAGCGCGGCGCCUGGAGCGGCGGCUUCGGCAUCGUGGGCCCCGGGGCGCUGUCGAGUGCGAAGAAUGUGGUUCCGACGAAGGCCAGCGAGCUGGUCUUCACCCUGAGCUCGGGCGAGGGCAAGCAGGCCGCCAGCAGCCGGGAGAGGCGCCUGAGCGAGCGGCAGGGCAACCAGGUCUGGGGCGUCGGCUACGACGGGCCCCAGCUGCGCGGGGGCGUGGAGAUGCUGCCCGCGCACGCGGCGGCCCUGGACGGGCGGGUCUGGUGGCUCGAGCGCUGCGGCGCGAGCGCCUCCUGCAGGAGAGGCAGCUGGGCGUGUGCGACGCGGGGGGCGACGCGCCACUCCACCACGGCGCGCGCGCCGGCCGCGCGGAGGCGUGCCGGGUGCUCCUGCGCCUCGGCGUGGACCCGCGGCCCCAUAACGGGGAGGGGCGGCUGCCGGAGCAGCUCGCCGCGGGCGCGGGGCACGCGCAGGUCGCCGAGCUGCUCCGCCGCGGCGGCGAGGGGGGCGACCUCCUGCGCCACACGGACGACGGCCUGGGCGUCCUCGCGCCGCCGCCCGACGAGCUGCCCUUCGCCGGCCUGCACGAGGCGCAGAGCCUGCGGCGCGCGCUGUCGCUGUCGGCGCGCAGCCACGCCAUCCCGCCGCUGCCCGUGUCGCGGGCGCAGCAGCAGGGCGCCUGGGCCGCGGAGCCGGGUCAUUGGAGUCGUGCAGGGGUGCCUGAUGGCCACCGACUUUGACCUGAAGGAGAGUGCGAGGCCUCGGCCGACGCCGUUGCGGCCGUGCUCUCCGGAGGCGCCGAUGCGCCGCCGGGGCCGCGGCUCCGCGGCAUCCUGGUCCACGAGCCGCCGAAGGCGGUCACGGAGGAUGCGCCUGGACACUGGGUGGCCCUGCAGUGGCAGCGCCAGCCGCGAGGCGGCGAGGGCCCGGCCGUGUUCUGGCGCCUCGACCCCGUGCGGGGCCCUUUCCGCCUCACGCUGCAGGCGCCGGAGAAGAAGCAACGGCACAAACCUGCACACGGUUCAUUUCUAAUUCUUCGAAAGCUCCUUGAUUCUUGAGGAGCCAAGACCCUUUCACUUCUACUUGUGCUAUCCUGGG